AUUCAUCAGGUAACCAUGUAUGACCAAAUUUUUGGUGUACUAAUAUUUUUAAGCUAUUUCUCUUCAGGAUUUCCGAUUUGGGCGUACGCAAUUAUUUCUAUUUUUAGUAUUGCGGCGGUCAUAUUUUUUCUCUGUCUUGUCAUAUUUUAUGUUAGAAAGAGCACCUCACACAAAGCAGCAAGUCAGCAUUCAAAUGAUGGAGGAGUGAAGCCAUCGAAUCCAACGAAUGAGGAGUCUAGCCAUGUCUAUGAAUACAUACCUAAUGAAGAUCAAGUAAGGCAAGUGAGACUGGAGUCAUCUUAUGUUGAACCAUCCGAUUUUGCUAUUCAAGAAAAUCCAGCCUACGGAGCUGCAGUUUAAUUCUUCAAUUGGCGCAACUAUGUUGUUGCUAUAGAGGUUUGCACUUCAACUUCGUUGGAUGACAAAACCCGCUUAACCUUAAGGAACUAGUGCAGACCUGUUUCAGCUUAGGAUGUAUCGGAAGUGAAGUAUAAAAUGAUUAAAUGCAUUU